GUCACACCUGUGGAGUGAAUGGCUGUGGAAAAUGACUCUUCAGUGACAGAGUUUGUUCUCAUGGGAUUAACAGAUCAGCCUGAGCUCCAACUGCCCCUGUUUUUUCUGUUCUGGGUGAACUACAUGGUCACUGUGGUGGGAAACUUGAGCUUAAUCAAUCUAAUUUGCCUGAAUCCACACCUUCACACCCCCAUGUACUUUUUCAUCUUCAAUCUGUCCUUCAUUGAUCUCUGUUACUCAUUUGUCCUUACCCCCAAAAUGCUGAUGAGCUUUAUUUCAGAGAGGAACACCAUCUCCUUUACAGGAUGCAUGACUCAGCUAUUUUUCUUCUGCUUUUUUGUCAUCUCUGAGUGCUAUGUGCUGACAGCCAUGGCCUAUGAUCGCUACGUGGCCAUCUGUAAGCCCCUGCUGUACACGGUGGCCAUGUCCCGUCAGAGCUGUUCUCUGCUGAUGUUGGGCUCAUACCUGAUGGGGUUUGCUGGUGCCAUGGUGCACACAGGGUGCAUGAUCAGGCUCACCUUUUGUGAUUCCAACAUCAUCAACCAUUACAUGUGUGACAUCUUCCCCCUCCUCGAGCUCUCCUGCAGCAGCACCUAUGCCAAUGAGCUGGUGAGUUCUGUAAUUUCGGGCACAGUUGCCAUGGUAUCUAGCCUCAUUAUCACCAUCUCUUAUGCUUUGAUUCUUUUCAGUAUCCUUCACAUGUCCUCAGCUAAGGGUUGGUCCAAAGCCAUCAGCACCUGUGGCUCCCACAUAAUAACUGUUGGGCUCUUUUAUGGCUUUGGGCUGCUCACUGAUCUUAGGCCAUCAUCUGCUGGGUCUAUGGGCCAGGGGAAAUUUUUUUCAGUGUUUUACACGAAUGUGGUUCCCAUGUUGAACCCUCUCAUUUAUAGUCUGAGGAACAAGGAUGUCAAACUUGCUCUGAAGAAAACCCUGAAGAAAAUGAGAAACUGAGCAGAGCCAGUGGUGCUGCCUUAGUCCCUGUCUCCAGUGCUGGGACUUUCUCUCCUGUUCCUGCUCCUCUUCAUCCUAUUCCUCCUUUUCUUCUUUUCAUCUUUCUUCUAAAGUCUUCUUGGCAAGAUUUCUACUUUAAUAUCUUCUUUUCUCUCAACAUGCAAUGUAACCAUGUGGGCGUAUUCUAGGACUCAAGAGUCAUCUCAGCCCCACGGUGGCCCCAACCAGAUCCUUAUUCUCCUUACCAGAUAGAGAUCCUGAGCU